UGUGAGAGUUAGACUUCAUUUACAUAAAGCUAUUACAAGAAUCUGGUCAGCAGGCAGACCGCAUUCAGGCCCUGUCCCUCCUGGGGGAGGGGAGUAGAAAGCCUUGUGUCGACUGAUGGGUAAAUCCCAGCAGCUCUCGGGGGAGUUUUCCUUCCUGAGAAGGGUGGGAGGGAAGGAAAAUAGCGACUCCACUUUCUACAUCUAGCAGUAUGAAAAUUCUUCUCCUGCCCUUCUCUCUCUCUCUCUCUCUCUUUCUCUCAUACUCUCUCCUCCUGCCUUCUGCCUCCUAGCACCUUGUUGAAGCCACGUUUAGGCUUUAGCAAUUCUUCUCGGUCAUUGUGAGACAGAAAGAAUGCCUCCUAGUGUUAGAAAGUUUGGGGUUUUAGAGGCGCUGGGAUUUCACAUUCUCUCAGGCAAAGAAUCUGUUGAGAGUGCCGCAAAAGGAUCUCCGCAUGUCAUCUCCUCCUUCCUGAUGUGUGUGGAGGCUUUGUGUUCCAGGACUAAGGAGACUACAGGUAAAUCCAUCUCCAAUGGAGUGAGUCACGAUCAAACUCAUUCCAGACAAACAGGAUGAAGACUACUUUCUGAAGAAAGUGAAUUUCAAAUAACAGGUCCGAACCGUACUGGGUGCAAUGAAAGCUCCAUGCAGGCCUUACCAUGGAAGGCUGUGACUCGCCUGUCAUCUCUGGGAAGGACAAUGGGUGUAGUAUCCCUCAGCACCAGCAAUGGACUGAACUCAACAGCACCCACCUCCCUGACAAACCCAGUAGCAUGGAGCAGUCCCCGCCGGAAAACCACGGGCCCCUAGACGGCCUGCGGGCCCCCUUCAACGAGCGCAUCCUGGACAGCGCCAACUCGGCCGGCCCCAACGCCGAGCUCGCCAGCAAAGAGGUCAGCUGCAACGAAUGCUCGGCCUCCUUUGCCAGUUUACAGACCUACAUGGAGCACCACUGCCCCGGUGCCCGCCCGCCCCUCCCCCUGAGGGAGGAGAGCGGGAGCGACACCAGUGAGGAGGGGGAUGAGGAGAGUGACGUGGAGAACCUGGCUGGGGAGAUCGUCUACCAGCCGGACGGCUCGGCGUACAUCGUUGAGAGCGUCAGCCAGUUGAUCCAAAGCGGGGGACUCUGUGGCAGCGGCAACGGCAGCGGGGCUCUCCCGUCCCUCUUUGUGAACUCUCUACCCACUGCCGGGGGCAAACCAGGGGAACCCUCCUCCGCAGCACCGGUCUACCCACAGAUCAUCAAUACUUUCCACAUAGCCUCAUCCUUCGGGAAGUGGUUUGAGGGCUCAGACCAGGCCUUCCCGAAUACCUCAGCCCUGACGGGCAUCAGCCCCGUCCUGCACAGCUUCCGCGUUUUCGAUGUGCGACACAAAAGCAACAAGGAUUACCUGAACAGCGACGGUUCUGCCAAAAGCUCCUGCGUAUCCAAAGAUGUUCCCAACAAUGUGGACCUGUCCAAAUUCGAUGGCUUCGUGCUCUACGGGAAGAGGAAGCCCAUCCUGAUGUGCUUCCUGUGCAAGCUCUCCUUCGGGUACGUCCGCUCGUUCGUGACCCAUGCGGUGCAUGACCAUCGAAUGACCCUGAGCGAAGAGGAGCGGAAGAUUCUUAGCCAUAAGAACAUCUCCGCUAUCAUCCAAGGGAUAGGCAAAGACAAGGAACCCCUUGUAAGUUUUCUGGAACCAAAAAACAAAAACUUUCAACACCCUUUAGUUUCUGCAGCUAACCUCAUAGGCCCCGGACACAGUUUUUAUGGGAAAUUUAGUGGCAUUCGAAUGGAAGGAGAGGAGGUCCUCCAGGCCGGCCCCGCCAGCGGAGCGGAGCAGCCCCAGUCCGGCCUUCUGGCGCCCGGCACCCUCUUGAAUCUCGGCGGGCUGACCAGCUCGGCUCUGAAGACCCCGAUUACCUCAGUCCCCCUGGGCCCGCUUGCUUCCAGCCCGACCAAAUCCUCAGAGGGCAAGGACCCCGGGGUAGCCGAGGGUGAGAAGCAAGAAGUGGGCGACCAGGAUAGCCUCUCAGAGAAGGCAGAGCCAGCCGAGGACGGAGAAGAGGAGGAGGAAGAGGAGGAGGAGGAGGAGGAGGAAGAGGACGUGGAGGAGGAGGAGGAGGAAGAGGAGGAGGAGGAAGAUGAGGGUUGCAAAGGACUCUUUCCGAGUGAGUUGGAGGAUGAAUUGGAGGACAGGCCCCCCGAGGAGUCUGGGGUCGUGGCAGGUAGCAGCAGCAAAAAGGACCUUGCUCUCUCAAACCAAAGCAUUUCUAACUCUCCCUUAAUGCCUAACGUGCUCCAGACCUUGUCGAGGAGCACAGCUUCUACUAGUUCUAAUUCUGCUUCUUCCUUUGUUGUCUUCGAUGGUGCAAACAGGAGGAAUCGUUUAAGCUUUAACAGUGAGGGGGUCAGGGCCAGCGUGGCAGAGGGCAGCAGGAGGUUGGACUUCGUUGACGAAAGUGCCAAUAAGGACAAUGCCACAGCACCGGAACCAAAUGAAAGCGCGGAGGGUGACGAUGGGAGCUACCUCUCCCAUCACCAGCACGCUGGCACCCUCUGCGAGCUGGGGGUCGGGGAGUGCCCCUCGGGGAGUGGCGUGGAGUGCCCAAAGUGCGACACGGUCCUGGGCUCCUCACGCUCGCUGGGCGGGCAUAUGACGAUGAUGCAUUCUCGUAACUCAUGUAAGACUCUCAAGUGUCCCAAGUGCAAUUGGCACUACAAGUACCAGCAGACGCUCGAGGCGCACAUGAAGGAGAAGCACCCGGAGCCCGGAGGCUCCUGUGUCUACUGCAAAAGCGGGCAGCCUCAUCCGCGGUUGGCACGGGGCGAGAGCUACACCUGUGGUUACAAGCCCUUCCGCUGUGAGGUCUGUAACUACUCUACUACUACCAAAGGCAACCUCAGUAUUCAUAUGCAGUCUGACAAGCAUCUCAACAACAUGCAGAACCUGCAGAACGGAGGCGGGGAGCAAGUCUUCAGCCACACGGCCGGGGCGGCGGCGGCCGCGGCCGCGGCAGCGGCGGCCAACAUUGGGAGCACCUGCGGGGCCCCCUCACCCACCAAACCAAAAACCAAACCCACCUGGCGGUGUGAGGUUUGCGACUACGAGACCAACGUUGCCAGGAACCUCCGUAUCCACAUGACCAGUGAGAAGCACAUGCACAAUAUGAUGUUGCUUCAGCAGAACAUGACUCAGAUCCAACACAACCGGCACUUGGGCCUCGGCAGUCUGCCCUCGCCGGCCGAGGCUGAGCUUUACCAGUACUACCUGGCGCAGAAUAUGAAUCUGCCCAACCUGAAGAUGGACAGCGCUGCCACGGAUGCACAGUUCAUGAUGGGUGGAUUCCAGCUGGAUCCCACCAAUCCCAUGACCGCAAUGGCUCCAACUUUAGUGGGCGGCGAGAUACCCCUAGACAUGCGGCUGGGGGGCGGGCAGCUGGUGUCUGAGGAGCUGAUGAAUCUGGGCGAGAGCUUCACGCAGACCAACGACCCAUCCCUGAAGCUGUUUCAGUGUGCAGUGUGCAACAAGUUCACCACAGACAACCUGGACAUGCUGGGGCUGCACAUGAAUGUGGAACGCAGCCUCCCAGAGGAUGAGUGGAAGGCAGUGAUGGGGGACUCCUAUCAGUGCAAACUGUGCCGCUACAAUACCCAGCUCAAGGCCAAUUUCCAGCUCCACUGCAAGACAGACAAGCACGUGCAGAAAUACCAGUUGGUGGCACACAUCAAGGAGGGGGGGAAGGCCAAUGAGUGGAGGUUGAAAUGUGUGGCCAUUGGGAACCCCGUACACUUGAAGUGCAACGCCUGCGACUAUUACACAAACAGCCUGGAGAAGCUGCGUCUCCACACGGUCAACUCGAGGCACGAGGCCAGCCUGAAGCUGUACAAGCACCUUCAGCAGCACGAGAGUGGGGUCGAGGGAGAAAGCUGCUAUUACCACUGUGUCCUAUGUAACUACUCCACUAAAGCCAAGCUCAAUCUAAUACAGCAUGUUCGCUCCAUGAAACAUCAACGGAGUGAGAGUCUGCGCAAGCUCCAGAGACUCCAGAAGGGCCUCCCCGAGGAAGAAGAAGACCUGGGACAAAUCUUCACCAUCCGCAAGUGUCCAGCCACUGAUCCGGAAGAAUCAGUUGAAGAUGUUGAAGGGCCCAGUGAAACAGCUGCUGAUUCAGAAGAGCUUGCUAAAGACCAAGAGAGCGGAGGUGAUAAAGACCAGGGCAAGUGGACAGCAUCGUCCAGCCAAGCAGACAAGGAGUUGACUGAAUCUCCUGCAACCUCCAAACGCAUAUCUUUUCCAGGCAGCUCUGAGUCCCCUCUCGCUUCCAAGCGUCCGAAAACGUCUGAGGAGACCAAAUCCGAGCAGAUGUAUCAGUGUCCAUACUGUAAAUACAGUAACCCAGAUGUGAACCGGCUCCGGGUGCAUGCCAUGACCCAGCACUCAGUGCAGCCUAUGCUCCGCUGUCCUCUCUGCCAGGAUAUGCUAAACAACAAAAUCCAUCUGCAGCUGCAUCUCACCCACCUCCACAGUGUGGCACCAGACUGUGUCGAGAAACUCAUUAUGACGGUGACAACCCCCGAAAUGAUGAUGCCCAGCAGCAUGUUCCUUCCAGCGGCCGUUCCGGACCGAGACGGGAACUUAAACGCAGAAGAGGCAGGAAAACAGCCUGAGACCUCUGAGGAUCUGGGAAAGGGCCUUUUGCCAUCUGAGACUGCAGAACACAGUGGAGAUUUGAAGCCUGCUCCUGUUGACCAGAGUUCCACCAGAGAAGACUCUGGCUUUCUCUGCUGGAAGAAGGGCUGCAACCAGGUUUUUAAAACCUCUGCAGCCCUUCAGACGCACUUCAAUGAGGUUCACGCCAAGAGGCCGCAGCUGCCGGUGUCUGAUCGCCACGUAUACAAGUACCGCUGCAAUCAGUGCAGUCUGGCCUUCAAGACUAUUGAGAAACUGCAGCUCCACUCUCAGUACCACGUCAUCAGAGCAGCCACCAUGUGUUGUCUCUGCCAGCGCAGCUUCCGAACAUUUCAAGCUCUGAAAAAGCACCUCGAGACCAGCCACUUGGAAUUGAGCGAGGCGGAUAUCCAGCAGCUGUAUAGCGGGCUUCUGGUCAAUGGGGACCUCCUGGCUAUGGGUGACCCAUCUCUGGCCGAAGAUCACACCAUCAUUGUUGAGGAAGAUAAGGAGGAAGAGAGUGACGUGGAGGAUAAGCAGAGCCCAACAGGGAGUGAUUCGGGGUCAGUGCAAGAAGAUUCAGGCUCCGAGCCAAAGAGAGCUCUGCCGUUCAGGAAAGGGCCAAAUUUCACCAUGGAGAAGUUCCUCGAUCCUUCCCGCCCUUACAAGUGUACGGUCUGCAAGGAGUCUUUCACCCAGAAGAACAUUCUGCUGGUUCACUACAACUCAGUGUCCCACCUGCAUAAGUUGAAGAGAGCCCUCCAGGAGUCCGCAACUGGUCAGCCGGAGCCCACCAGCAGCCCAGACAACAAGCCUUUUAAGUGCAACACCUGCAACGUAGCCUACAGCCAGAGUUCCACGCUGGAGAUCCACAUGAGGUCUGUGUUGCAUCAAACCAAGGCCCGCGCAGCCAAGCUAGAGGCAGCAAGCGGCAGCGGCAACAGUAAUGGAACUGGGAACGGCAGCGGCAACAUCUCCCUGGGUUCUUCCACCCCGAGCCCGGUGAGCACGAGCAACAGUAAUACCUUCCCCUCCACUAACGCAAGCAGCGGUGGGGCCGGGCCGAGCGCCAACUUACUGAGCCAGGUGGCGAGCGAAAGCGUGGGCAUCCCUCCCCUUGGGAACCCGAUGAGUGCUGGUGUCACCUCUCCUCCCGAGCCCAAGGAGGUCAACCGGAAGAAACUGGCAGACAUGAUCGCCUCCAGGCAGCAGCAGCAGCAGCAACAGCAGCAGCAGCAGCAGCAGCAAGCUCAGACACUAGCCCAGGCCCAGGCCCAAGUGCAGGCCCACUUGCAGCAAGAGCUGCAGCAGCAGGCAGCUCUCAUCCAAUCGCAGCUGUUCAACCCAGCCCUCCUCCCGCACUUCCCGAUGACCACGGAGACCUUGCUCCAGCUUCAACAGCAGCAGCACCUUCUGUUUCCUUUCUACAUCCCCAGUGCCGAGUUCCAGCUCAACCCAGAGGUGAGCUUGCCCGUCACUAGCGGAGCCCUGACGCUCACGGGGGCCACCGGGCCGAGUCUGUUGGAAGACCUGAAGGCUCAGGUUCAGAUUCCCCAGCAGAGCCAUCAGCAGUUACUCCAACAGCAGCCAAGCCAGCUCUCCCUGUCACAGUCUCACCCUGCUCUUCUUCAGCCCAGCCCGCACCCAGAGAAGAAAAACAAAUUAAUCAUGAAGGACAAGGAGAAAGAGUCCCAGAGGGAACGGGAGAGUGUAGAGAGGGGAGAGUGCAACGCCAUCUCCAAGGAGUCUCUGUCCGAAACCUUAAAGCCCAAAGAUAAGAAAGAGUUUGCGCCCGGGGCUAGUUCCGAGCCCUCCAUGCUCCCGCCGCGCAUCGCCUCGGAUGCCCGCGGGAACGCCACCAAGGCCCUGCUAGAGAAUUUUGGCUUCGAGCUGGUCAUUCAGUACAACGAGAACAAGCAGAAGGUGCAGAAGAAGAACGGGAAGAGCGAGCAGGGUGACAGCUUGGAAAAACUUGAAUGUGACUCCUGCGGCAAGCUGUUCUCCAACAUUCUGAUUCUCAAGAGUCACCAGGAGCACGUACACCAACACUACUUCCCCUUUAAGCAGCUGGAGAGGUUUGCCAAACAGUACAGAGAGCACUAUGACAAAUUGUAUCCCCUGCGGCCCCAGACCCCAGAGCCUCCACCACCUCCUCCUCCGCCGCCGCCCCCGCUCCCGGCAGCACCUCCUCAGCCGGCUUCUACGCCGACCAUUCCCGCAUCCGCCCCGCCUAUCGCUUCUCCGACAAUUGCACCAGCCCAGCCGUCCGUGCCACUCACCCAGCUCUCUAUGCCAAUGGAGCUGCCCAUCUUUUCACCGCUUAUGAUGCAGACGAUGCCCCUGCAAACCUUACCAGCUCAGUUGCCCCCCCAGCUCGGUCCCGUUGACCCCCUGCCCGCCGAUUUGGCCCAGCUCUAUCAGCAUCAGCUGAACCCCAGCCUGCUCCAGCAGCAGAACAAGAGGCCACGCACGCGGAUCACAGAUGACCAGCUUCGAGUCCUUCGACAGUAUUUCGACAUUAACAAUUCCCCCAGCGAAGAGCAGAUUAAAGAGAUGGCUGACAAGUCCGGGCUGCCGCAGAAGGUGAUCAAGCACUGGUUCCGCAACACCCUGUUCAAAGAACGUCAGCGAAAUAAAGACUCUCCCUACAACUUCAGCAAUCCUCCCAUCACCAGCCUGGAGGAACUGAAAAUUGAUUCGAGGCCGCCGUCUCCGGAGCCGCAGAAGCACGAGUACUGGGGAAGCAAGAGGUCGUCCAGGACCCGUUUCACUGAUUACCAGCUGAGAGUCCUGCAGGACUUCUUCGAUGCCAACGCGUACCCUAAGGACGACGAGUUUGAGCAACUUUCCAAUUUACUAAAUCUCCCUACCCGAGUCAUAGUGGUGUGGUUCCAGAAUGCCCGUCAGAAGGCAAGGAAGAACUAUGAGAACCAGGGCGAAGGGAAAGACGGAGAAAGGCGGGAGCUGACGAACGACAGGUACAUUCGAACGAGCAACUUGAACUACCAGUGCAAGAAAUGUAGCUUGGUCUUUCAGCGCAUUUUCGAUCUCAUUAAGCACCAGAAAAAGCUGUGUUACAAGGACGAGGACGAGGACGGGCAGGACGACAGCCAAAACGAAGAUUCUAUGGAUGCCAUGGAGCUGCUCACUCCCACCAGUUCAUCCUGCAGCACCCCGAUGCCCUCCCAGGCUUACAGUGCCCCAGCAGCUUCAGCUAACGCUCCCUCUUCGGCUUUCCUACAGCUCACGGCCGAGUCUGAGGAAUCCCCCGCAUUCAGUUCCAAAACAGAAGCGAGCGACGAAAAGCCAAAGCAGACUGAACCGCCAAGUGCGCAGCCAAACCAAACCCAAGAGAAGCAAGUGCAACCAAAGCAGGAGUCUCAGCAGCAGCAGCAGCAGCAGCAGCAGCUGCUCCCACCCCAGCCAGACCCGUCGGAACAGAAGAUGAGCAUAGCUCAGCAAAAGAUCCCGCAGCUGUCCUCGCCCCCCGCGUUACAGCAGCCCCCGCCCCAGGUCCCCCCGCCCCCCUGCUCCUUGCCCCAGUCCAGCCCUAGCCCAUCCCAGCUCUCCCACCUCUCCCUCAAGCCCCUCCACACAUCCACCCCGCAGCAGUUGGCAAGCCUACCUCCUCAGUUAAUCCCUUACCAGUGUGACCAGUGCAAACUGGCCUUUCCCUCCUUCGAGCAUUGGCAGGAGCAUCAGCAGCUCCACUUUCUGAGCGCGCAGAACCAGUUUAUUCACCCCCAGUUUUUGGACCGGACCCUGGACAUGCCUUUCAUGCUCUUUGACCCUAGUAACCCACUUCUUGCAAGUCAGCUGCUAUCUGGAGCGCUACCUCAGAUUCCAGCAAGCUCUGCCACUUCUCCGUCCACUCCGACUUCUACCAUGAAUACCUUGAAGAGGAAGCUGGAGGAGAAGGCCAGCGCGAGCCCCGGGGAGAAUGACAGUGGAACGGGAGGGGAAGAACCCCAGAGGGACAAGCGACUGAGGACGACUAUUACUCCAGAACAGCUGGAAAUCCUCUACCAAAAGUACCUGCUGGACUCCAACCCAACCCGGAAAAUGUUGGAUCACAUCGCCCACGAAGUGGGCCUGAAGAAACGUGUGGUGCAGGUUUGGUUUCAGAACACCCGAGCGCGGGAGAGGAAAGGGCAGUUUCGGGCGGUUGGCCCUGCCCAGGCGCACAGGCGGUGCCCUUUCUGCAGAGCCCUCUUCAAAGCCAAAACUGCCCUGGAGGCUCACAUUCGAUCCCGUCACUGGCACGAGGCCAAGAGAGCCGGCUACAACCUGACGCUGUCUGCCAUGCUGUUAGACUGCGACGGGGGCCUCCAGAUGAAGGGAGACAUCUUCGAUGGCGCCAGCUUUUCCCACCUGCCGCCGAGCAGCAGCGACGGUCAAGGGGUUCCUCUUUCACCGGUGAGUAAAACCAUGGAGCUGUCUCCCAGGACUUUGCUUAGCCCUUCCUCCAUCAAGGUGGAAGGGAUAGAAGACUUCGAGAGUCCCUCCAUGUCCUCGGUUAAUCUUAACUUCGACCAAACCAAGCUCGACAACGACGACUGCUCCUCCGUCAACACGGCAAUCACGGACACCACAACCGGCGACGAGGGCAACGCGGACAACGACAGCGCCACGGGCAUAGCGACCGAAACCAAGUCGUCGUCGGCGCCCAACGAAGGGCUGACUAAGGCCGCCAUGAUGGCCAUGUCUGAGUAUGACGAUCGCUUGUCUUCUGGCUUGGUCAGCCCAGCGCCUAGCUUUUACAGCAAGGAAUAUGAUAACGAAGGAACGGUGGACUACAGUGAGACGUCCAGCCUUGCGGACCCCUGCUCCCCCAGCCCUGGGGCGAGCGGUUCGGCGGGCAAGUCUGGAGACGGCGGGGAGAGGCCGGGGCAGAAACGUUUUCGCACUCAGAUGACUAAUCUUCAGCUGAAGGUCCUAAAGUCAUGCUUUAACGACUACAGGACGCCAACCAUGCUGGAGUGUGAGGUCCUGGGCAAUGACAUUGGACUGCCAAAGAGAGUUGUUCAGGUCUGGUUCCAGAAUGCCAGGGCAAAAGAAAAGAAGUCCAAACUAAGCAUGGCCAAGCAUUUUGGUAUAAACCAAACAAGUUACGAGGGACCCAAAACAGAGUGCACUUUGUGUGGCAUCAAGUACAGCGCUCGGCUGUCUGUACGUGACCAUAUCUUUUCUCAGCAGCAUAUCUCCAAAGUUAAGGACACCAUCGGAAGCCAGUUGGACAAGGAGAAGGAAUACUUCGACCCUGCUACCGUUCGCCAGUUGAUGGCUCAGCAAGAGUUGGACCGGAUCAAAAAGGCCAAUGAGGUGCUCGGUCUGGCGGCUCAACAGCAAGGCAUGUUUGACAGUACCCCUCUUCAAGCUCUUAACCUUCCCACUGCAUAUCCAGCGCUCCAGGGCAUUCCUCCGGUAUUGCUCCCUGGCCUCAACAGUCCAUCGUUGCCAGGUUUCACUCCAUCCAACACAGCUUUAACUUCUCCGAAACCGAACCUGAUGGGCCUGCCCAGCACAACGGUCCCUUCCCCCGGCCUCCCGACAUCUGGAUUACCAAAUAAGCAGUCCUCAGCCUCACUGAGCUCCCCGACCCCAGCACAAGCUACCAUGGCAAUGGCCCCUCAACAACCACCCCAGCCCCAGCAGCAGCAGCAGCAGCAGCAACAGCAGCAGCCGCAGCAGCAGCAGCAGCAACUUCACUCUCAGCAGCAGCAGCAGCCGCCGCAGCAGCAGCAGCAGCAGCAGCAACGCAAGGACAAGGAGAACGAGAAGAUUAAAGAGAAGGAAAAGGCGCAUAAAGGGAAAGGGGAAUCCCUGCCAGUACCCAAGAAGGAGAAGGGAGAGGCCCCUGCAGCGACACUUUCAGCCCCCUUACCCACGAUGGAGUAUGCGGUGGACCCUGCCCAGCUUCAGGCCCUGCAGGCGGCCUUGACUUCGGACCCAACUGCUUUGCUCACGAGCCAGUUCCUUCCGUAUUUCGUACCCGGCUUUUCUCCUUACUACGCCCCCCAGAUCCCCGGGGCCCUGCAAAGCGGGUACCUGCAGCCCAUGUACGGCAUGGAAGGCCUGUUCCCCUACAGUCCGGCUCUGUCACAGGCCCUGAUGGGGUUGUCCCCCGGCUCCUUACUGCAGCAGUACCAGCAAUACCAGCAGAGUUUGCAGGAGGCUUUACAGCAGCAGCAGCAGCAGCAGAGGCAACUUCAGCAGCAGAAAGUGCAGCAGCAGCAGCAACAGCAGCAGCAGCAGCAGCAGCCCAAAGCAAGCCAAACCCCAGUCCCCCCGGGGGCUGCUUCCCCAGACAAAGACCCUGCCAAAGAAUCCCCCAAACAAGAAGAGCAGAAAAACGCACCCCGCGAGGUGUCCCCCCUCCUGCCGAAACCCCAAGAAGAGCCAGAAGCAGAAAGCAAAAGUGCGGACUCCCUCUCCGACCCCUUCAUUGUUCCAAAGGUGCAGUACAAGUUGGUCUGCCGCAAGUGCCAGGCGGGCUUCAGCGACGAGGAGGCGGCCAGGAGCCACCUGAAGUCCCUCUGCUUCUUCGGCCAGCCUGUGGUGAACCUGCAAGAGAUGGUGCUCCGCGUCCCCGGCGGCGGCGGCGGCUCGUACCACUGCCUGGCGUGCGAGAGCACCCUCUGUGGGGAUGAAGCUCUGAGUCAACAUCUCGAGUCAACCUUGCACAAACACAGAACAAUCACGAGAGCAGCAAGAAACGCCAAAGAGCACCCUAGUUUAUUACCUCACUCUGCCUGCUUCCCCGAUCCUAGCACCGCAUCUACCUCGCAGUCUGCCGCUCACUCAAACGACAGCCCCCCGCCCCCUUCGUCCUCCUCCUCCUCCUCAGCUUCCCCCCACGCCUCCAGAAAGUCUUGGCCUCAAGUGGUCUCGCGGGCUUCAGUUGGGAAGCCUUCUUCUUUUCCUCCUCUCUCCUCAUCUUCAACGGUUACCUCAAGUUCAUGCAGCACCUCAGGGGUUCAGCCCUCGAUGCCAACAGACGACUAUUCGGAGGAGUCUGACACGGAUCUUAGCCAAAAGUCAGAUGGACCGGCUAGCCCGGUGGAGGGGCCCAAAGACCCCAGCUGCCCUAAGGACAGUGGUCUAACUAGUGUAGGAAUGGACACCUUCAGAUUGUAAGCUUUGAAGAUGAACAAUAAAAAAAAAAUGAAUUUAAAUAAAUUAAUAACAAACCAAUUUCAAAAAUAGACUAACUGCAAUUCCAAAGCUUCUAACCAAAAAAAGAAAAAAAAAGAAAAAGUGUGGGUUGUUUUCCCAUAUAACUAUCUAUGCCGGUGGGUUUUACAUUCUUUUCUUUUUUUCUUUGAAUAUGAAAAACCAACCCUGUUACAUUUGUCCUUUUGAAGGUACUGUCGGUCUGGGAGACAGAAGUCCGUAGGGCCUCCUUAUUGUCUUUGGAGCUUAACCCCCUGUAUAUUUGUCCUUUUUCAAUAAUGCCCCACAUUGAUAGCACAGCAGAGCCCGGCAUGCACUGUAUGGGAAAGCAGUCCACCUUGUUACAGUUUUAAAUUUCUUGCUAUCUUAGCAUUCAGAUACCAAUGGCUUGCUAAAAGAAAAAAGAAAUGUAAUGUCUUUUUAUUCUCAGGUCAAUCGCUCACACUUUGUUCUGUUUUCAGAAUCAUUGUUUUAUAUAUAUAUAUAUAUAAUUAUAUAUAUAUUUUCUUUUGUUUUGUUCCAGAAAAAGAUUUUUUUUUUUUGUUAAUUUAAAUAUGGGCAGAAAGUAUUCAAGAGAAAAACAAUGUGAACUGCUUUAGCUUUCUGGGGAUUUUAAGGAUAGCUUUUCUGCUGAAGCCAAUUUCAAGGGAAAAGUUAAGCACUCCCACUUUUCAGAAAAAAAAAAAUAAAAAACACACAAAGAGUGUUGAGGACUUGUAGCUAAAAAAAAAUAAGUUUUAAAAAAACUGACUUUCUGUAUUUAUGAUAGAUAUGACCAUUUUUGGUGUUGAGUAGAUUGUUGCAUUGGAAAUGAACUGAAGCAGUAUGGUAGAUUUAAAAGAAAAAAACCUUUUGUGUACAUUUAGCUUUUGUAUGGUCCAGCUGACAGCUCCUCAUUUGAUGUUGUCUUGUUCAUUCCUAGCAGAUAGAUUGCAAUCCGUUGAUUCGCCGAAGCUUUUCUCCCCUUUGUACCUUUAUUCCUCGCCCCCGCCCCCCUCGCCCCUAUCCUGUAAUCUUCCACUUACGGUUGCUGCCGCCUUCAUUUCUUAGAGGGCCGCUGCAAGGUUAUUUUAUAAAAACUAAAGAAAGAAGUUCAAAGGGUUUUUGGGGGUCAGUAGGGCCCUUGCAGAAUAUUUUUGGUUGGGGAGUUGAAACUUUUUAAGGCGUAAACAUACUAGUUACCUAUGUCUGUUACCCUCGUGCACUUAUCUCUUUUCUUCUUUUGCUUCUUCUGGUUUUCCGUUUUUUCCUUCCUCCUCUCCUUGUUGGGUAGAUGCUUCAAAGAUUCUUUUCCUAAACUAAAGCAUUUGUUUCUGUUUGUGUAAUUGGGCUGCACUCUUUUCUUUUCAGACAAGUUAUUGGUUAGGGUUUUUUUUUUCUCUCUCAGAAAAAGAAAUUUCAUGCUUUAAAUAAAAUCCAAAGACACGCCCUUUCACUGCUGGUGCAGAGAGAGGGGGGAAAGGGUUCUUGUUACUUGAGAAUUUGUUUCUGAUUUAAACAACAAGACUGAGUUUAAAUAAAGGAAAGAGGAAAAAAAGAAAAAGAUUCCCAGGUUGUUAUCCGCACUGCUUCUGCAAAGCAGAGAGGCAACUAGUAUUGAAAAGUCCACAUACCAAAAGACAUGUUUUUACUUCGGAGUUUUGUCCUUGUGUUAGGCAGUCUGAGCGGUGAGUGAUCCAGAGGUGCAGCCAACAAAGAAUCUGAUAGCAAUGUACAGAAAGCAAAAAAGAAACUGUUCAUGAGGCACUUGUGUUUAUGUUAAUCUCUGUAUUCCUGUAAAGACACACACACACACAACACACACAGCACACACACCCCACCCCACAUCCUUCUCAUCCUCUGCGGUCUGGACUUUGAAAGGAAACUUUGUGCUGCUAAAAUGUAGAUUUUUGGAGACAAAUAGAUGCUUUGCUGUUUCACUUUUGUAGCCAAACGUCAACAGAAACAAUCUCCCCUUUCCCCUACAAGUGUGAAAUCCUCCCUUCAUCUUCCUCUUUAUGUUUCAAAAGGGAACUUCGAAGACUGUGAAUGCGGAGUUCCAUGCUUCACCUUUCGGGCUUCUCUCCCCAGGGCCGAAGCCAGACAUUGACUUUGCAGAAGACUGGAGCAUUCCAAGAUUUCCAAGAUAUGAAAAAAUGGAUUUCAUUUUUUUUUUUUAGCCGGGACUGUUUUAUUUUUAUGAAUUUUUGGUUUUAGUUAAAUGAAAGAGUAGAUCCUGAACUGUUGUACAUAUUUCUAACUAGGCUGAUGCACAGUGCAAAUUCCUUUUUAAUUGUUUUUUAAGUAGAAAAUACUAAAGAGUACCAUCUAAAUAUUCAUACCAGUAUCCAGUUGUAGCAUAAGGUGUCAAAAACAAAUACACAAACCAUUUGCUGUUUUAAUGAACUGUUUUCUUUUAACAGAAGUUCUUGUAUUUCUCCCUGUGUUUGAGAUGAACAUUUUUUAAAUUCUAAAGUUGUACAGUUUUUUGUUUUCCAUUAUUUUAUCUUGUUUGUAAUUCUAUGAAAUAUAUAUAUAUAUAUUUUUUGCCAUUUAACUGUUGUAUGUUACUCUAUGUCUGUAUCAUAUAGAAGAAUUUUCUGUUUGUUUUUGUUUUGGGUUCUCUAUGUGAUACCAGUUAGCAAUUUAACACUAGCUUUAUCUGUCAAAUUCUGCUAGGUCUCUUCAGAAAACUUUUUUUUUAACGAUAUUGCUUGGUAAUAGUGCAAUUUCUAUUCCCUUCCCUCCCCUCAAAUUUAACUCAUUUCCUUGCUUUUUUUUUUUUCCUCUCUAAAUAUUCUUGAGAUCUUCUCUGCUCUGCAAUGGCACCUCCUCCCCUUGUGGGGCCCAGAGCAGGGGGCUGCGGGGGCUGGGUAGUUCCCAGCCCUGAGCCCGGGAGAACUGCCAUUCUCUCUUCUGGUUAUUGCAACUUGCAAGUAGCCAGACUGUUUUACUCGGGCAAGUUUGACUCCUGCCAGACAAUUUUCCCCCAGCUCAGUGCAGUUCUGAGUCACGAAGGAAGUGUCUUCUCCCGAAUCACAAACCCGCUCCCCGGGAGCCCAGGGAGGAAUCUCUGUUCAGAAGCCUCCCAGAACUAGCAUUAACAACCGUGAGAAAAGUCAGAAGGUGGUUGGGGGGGGGACGGGGGGGAGUGCAUUGAGAACUUGCAUCAUACUUCUCUGCUUCCACCUAGCUGCCUGCAGCCAGUGGGAUUUUCUUAUUUUUGUGUUUUGAAAGCUGCAGAAUCGUGCAGGAUUGAAAUCUAGGCACGGUCUCGGUCUUGACUGCAGUACAGGCCGCCCUCUCUCUUUGGGAAGCUGGUCCCUGUCUGCUGCCUAAUAGGUGGCUGAGUGUGAGUGUUUCGAUCUCUACUUUUUUUUUUUUAAGUAAUCUGUUACCACUCCCGUUGACAUUUUUCCUUUUCAUCAAAAAGCAUCCACGGCGCUGUUUGGUGCUCGAUGCCCAGCAAGAGGAGAGAGGAUGCUGGACUAGCAAGAACUAUUCUUUCAACCUUCUGUAGCAUCAAACAGGCCCACAGAGUUGGCAUCUCUUCCCCCAUCGCUCCCCCCCAACCCCCCGCCCCCGGCCCCACCAGACCCUCUCCUCCCCCCAAAAAGCAAGAAAAAGAUUUCAAACACUUGGCAGGUUUGGGUUUAUUUUUAAAUUAAAAGCUAUUUAAAGAGAUGAAUGUGGCCAAAGUUUUACACAAUUAAAAAUAAAGUAAAACAGAUGGCAUGUGUCAAAGAAACCUGAGCUUAUCAGGCAUGGCAGGAAGAUUCAGGGGAGGGAGAGAGAGAGGGAGAGAGGGAGAAAGAGGCAGUAACACAGGCCAGUGCACUUGAUGUUCAUGGACAUAUAUUUUUUUUAAAUAAAUUAAAUUAAAACCUUUUAAAUAGAAGCAGAAAUUGGUUGGUUGGUUGGUUGGCGCUGAGAUACUGCCCACUGUGAAACACAAAGCUUUGACUAGGUUUUUUGUUUACUUUCUUUGGGGGGCGGGGGAGGGGGGAGCAGGUUGGGUAGAACAGAAGGCGUAAAGGAACGUUACCCUGAGGUGAAGAGGUAUAUGAACAGCCUUUGCAAUGUACAAAAAAAUAGAGCAAGUGAAACCAAAAAUGAUGUUCUUGGUGUUUUUCUAUAAUGUAGUCUUGUUAGCUUUUUUGUUACUGUAACAAUGCUGAUCUCGAACUGUACCAAAAUCCAUGGAGACUAACAGAAACAGAAACCACAUGGAACUUUCAAAACUUUAAAAAAAAAUUUGUCACAAAAAAACUUUGUUGUCAUAGUUAAGUUGAUUGUAGAUGGUAAUUGAAUAUACUCCUUUGAAAAUAUUUCAUCAAGUAUGUUUCCUGCUCAUUGUGAUACAUUAAAAAAAAAUAUGAGCAAAAG